UCUUGCACGUCAAGUUCCCUAUUUUCUUCCUCUUCGUUUUCUGCUGAAUUCCCAAUCGAUUCUGCCAUGGCUGAAGACUUCAGAGAGAUCUACUAUCACCACCCCUUUCACGACGACCAGCGCCGGAACUCCGCCGGAGACGUCGCGUUUGGGUACUCCGGCGGCCAUUCUUCCGCCUUCGCCGCCGACCAGUCAAUCACUGCUGCCAUGUUCGAUCCUUCUUAUAACCUAAGCUUCACCAAAUUCCUGCACGAGUCGACAGAUCAGAACUCGUUCUCGAGCGGCGCCGGCGCCGGCUUCGCCUUUCCGGCGACGAUGUCGGCGGAGGCAUUCGCAGUCCUCGGGAAAGAGGAGAAGCCCGCAGCGGAGGGCGUCGGAGGCCGCGAAACUCCGGCUACGACGAACUCGUCGUCGAUAUCGUCGUCGUCGACGGAGGCCGCCGCCGCCGCCGACGAAGACUCUAAAAAGGACGGCAAGGAAACCGGCGCCGAAGAGGACUCGAAAAAAGAGGUUGGUAAAACGAAGAAGAAAGCAGGAGAGAAAAAAGAAAGAGCUCCUCGAUUUGCUUUCAUGACAAAGAGUGAAGUGGAUCAUCUUGAAGAUGGAUACAGAUGGAGGAAAUAUGGUCAGAAAGCUGUCAAGAAUAGCCCUUAUCCCAGGAGCUACUACAGAUGCACGACCCAGAAAUGUCCGGUGAAGAAGAGGGUGGAGAGAUCGUACCAGGACCCGUCCACCGUCAUCACCACCUACGAAGGGCAGCACAACCACCACGUCCCCGCCACGCUGCGCGGCCAAAUGGCCGCCGGAAUGUUCGCCUCCUCCUUGCUCCACCACCACCCGCCGCCGGACCUGUUUCUGCAGAUGCCUGCAGGUCGCCAUAGCCAUAAUAAUCUCUACGGUUACGAUCCCUGCAGUUCCAACAGUUUGUACCAAUUUCAACAGCAGCAACAACAACAACAACUGCAGCAGAAUUUGACCCUAAAUCAACUGCAAUUCCAGCAUCAGCUUCCUGACUAUGGACUACUGCAGGAUAUGUUCCCCAAAUCCCAGCCCUAGCUAAUGAAAUAAAAAAAUUUUCAAUUUCUCUAAUUCAUCGUCACAUUUUCGAUUAUUUUUAUUUUUUGAUUUCUCACUCUUGCUUCUGACCAGACAUUUUUAUAUAUAUGAUUAUUAUCGUAUCAUUUCGUGCUA